AUGCGCCGGUUCGGCACGGAGUCCACGCGCCGGUCUUCGUCGCGCGAAGCGACGGCUCCUCGCGUGGAUGAGGCCGCCAUGCAGGCCAAGCUCAAGGAGCUCCGGGGCCUGAUGGCGAGCGAGCACGCCGCGCGGGAGACGAUACGCGACAUCGCCGAGCUGAACGGGGGGUCCAUCUGGCGGAGCUCGCGACGUCCGGAGGAGAGGACGCGCGAUCCGGUCCGCACGAGCGCGGGUUCCAUCCCGGGCAGGGGCGCUCAUGCGCACAGGAUCGGCCCGAGGCUUCGAGAUCUCAGCGCGGAGGACAUGAGCCUCGUGGAGCGCGCGAGGGCGCGGGCGUCCGCGGAGGUGGCGCGGGUGGGACCCGUCGCGUCCAGGCGACCGGACAUUCCGGAGAGGAGGCCCGGGGCGGCGUCGCGCGGCGCCGGGCGCGUGCGCACCUCGGUGGACGUCAUCGACCACCUCCGCCCCGACCUCAUCGCGCGCGCGAUGGGCGCUAACUCGCGCCCGACGCCCGCGCACCGGUCGAGUCGUCCGGGGGUCUCGACCCCGACCGCUCGGCCGCAGUCGCCCCGGGUCGAGCACGUCGUGCUGCACUCCGCGGAUCUGCGCGGACAGCUGGGCGAGGGGCGCCUCGUGCCCAGGCCGCCGCCGGGUUUAGGACCGUCCUCGCGCGCAAUGCCGAGGCCCGCGAGCGGCGGCGGCGCGAGGGCCGGGCGGUUCGGAGGCGUCGGGAUGACGCUGGACGGCGCCGCGACGCUGGACGACGACCUGUCCGCGGUGGAGCCCGUCGGCGGGGGCGGGAGGCCGCCGACCGGGGAACGGCGCCGCGCGCCAACCGACCCGGGCGGUGCGUCGUCGUGGCGGUCGUCCACUCGCGACGGUGCGGACGUCCUCACGAUGCGCGGCGACGACGGCGGGGACGGGGACGGGGUGGUCGGGUCGGUCACCGCCGGGGGCGUCGAGAUCGUCGACGAGUCCGGCGGGGCGCUGUUGCGCGGCGAGUUCGACGAGGAGGCCAACGCGCGGGCGUUCGCGGAGGCGCUGAGGGAGUGGAGAGGCGGGGGCGGGGGCGGCGAGGAGGGCGUGGGGGGCGAGGAGCUCGUCGCCGGGGGGGAUAAGGAGCUCGUCGUGAGGGAGAGCACGAGGCCGACGACGGCGGCGGCGGAGAUUGACGUCCAGACGGAUGGCGCGGGGGGGGGACUGUACACUGGGGCGAGACGUUCGUCGUCACCCUGGGGCGUCGCCGCGCGACCGCUCGCCGCCAAGCCCGGAGCGAGCUACUUCGAGAGGUUGUUCGCGAAGAACGUGGAGCGAAUGGCGGGAAAGAAGGUCAGUGCGUGGAUGGAGUCGACGCGGGCCAAGUAA